UUCAAAUCUUUUCUAUUAAUGGACGGUAAAUUACGAAUGUUAUACGCUGAAGGUUGGCUGACGAAUAUUAAUGAUCUCAUGCAGACUUUGCCUGGAAACCGUAAUAUUUUCCUCAUGAAUAUUACUUAGAUCGCGCUAAUAGCUUGAUAACCUUCCAAUGGCGAUGGCUUGUCUGCUGAAUAAUUAAUAGACAUUCUCUCCAUAGAACGACCCAGAAAUUCAGGAUAAGGGACCGUCUGCGCCAACGGUGAUAGCUGGGAUAUUUAUCAUCAUGCUGGAAAUCCAGACGUGGCGGUGUACGCGAUUUGAACCUUCUGUUUGGGUAUGAAACAAAAAAUGAAUCAUAUUUACUCUAAAUGAUGCCGAAUCCCUCUCUGCCUGUGCCUUUGGACAUUGUCGGACUGCCGUCAUAAUUCUGUGAGAAACCCCUCAAAAAUCAGUGCAGCCAAGAGGCUUCAGCAUGCUUUGAGUAAAUAAAGGCAUCGAACGAUAUUUCUAUUACAUAAUGCUGGAGAAGAGUAAAUAUUAUUUGGUAGACGACUCAAUGGAUCAGAGGAUUCCUGCUGAUAAUGAAGGACAUUUCCAGCAUGGGCUCACAUUCGAGGUGAAGUUCAUUGGGAGCCUGGAUAUUGUGCGACCUAAAAGCAGGAUUGAAAUUUUGGCCGCUAUGAGACGAAUACGGUAUGAGUUUAAAAUUAAGAACAUAAAGAAGAAGAAAGUCAAUCUUAUUGUGUCAGUGGAUGGUGUCAAGGUAGUUUUGCGGAAAAAGAAAAAGAAAUCUGCUUAUAGCUGGGAUGAAAGCCAAGUGACACUGGCCCAAGACCCCAUUUUCAGAAUAUUUUACGUCUCGCAUGACUCACAGGACCUGAAGAUAUUCAGUUAUAUAGCAAGAGACAAGAAAAGCAAUGUGUUCCACUGCAAUGUCUUCAAAUCCAAGAGAAAGAGCCAAGCCAUGAGGAUAGUACGGGCCGUGGGUCAGGCGUUUGAAGUGUGCCAUAAACAGAGUCUAGACAGUGCUGACGCAUGGCUUGUAAAAGGAGAAGAGGAGAGAAGCAAAGAUGAAAAUCCGGUUACUGGCACCACCAUUGAGAAAUCAGGCAAUGCUGGCCUGGAAAAAGAUGACAAGGUGUGUGAAGCACCAGUGCUGGUGAUGGAGCCUCCUCUCUCCAGCCCUCUAACUGUGAGCCAUCAGGUGCAGCUCCUGCAGAGGCAGUUACAGCAGCAAGAGCAGAAGAGUCAAGCUGCCUCCGCACAGGUGGUUCUGUUGCAGCAGCAGCUGUCGGUGGAGAGCAACGCCAGGACGGAGGCUCAGACGAGAGUCCAGCAGCUCCUGCAACAGAACACUGAACUCCUGCAGCAUCUCUCGCUUUUGGUCAAACACGUGCAAGAGCUGGAGCUUCGCACUCAACCACACAAGAACUCUCCCUUGGGAUCUCAAGACAGUCUUCUGGAAAUCGCCCUGCGUCCCAACAUGCCAGCUGCAUCGCGUGACCCCAACCCAAAUCCCCUCCCAAGCGCUAGAGGAGGCUUCCCUCUCUCAAACAGCCUGGUUCGGCUGGAUGGCUUUCGUUUCUUCACAGAAUCUUCAGACCAGGAGAAGAAGCCGGAUCAGGACCGUGACUCAGGUCAGGGUCAGGAUGAAGAUCAGUCAGGAGGUUGCUCUCCUCCAGUGAACCAGUUCCUCAGCGCACUGGACACAGCUGGAUUCAGAGAGUCGGGUAUCGCAUCCGGUUAUGAGUCUAACACAGAUGAGAGUGAUGACCGGGACAGCUGGGGCCAGUAACUGUGUGCAUCUGUGUGUGUGUGUGAGACUGUUCCUGCUGAAAAAAA